CCACGUCAACGUAAUUGACAAUUUGACAGCUUGUGACUCGUUUUUGUGGUUCGUUGUGGUAUUUUCGAAAAAUAAUUAAAAAUGAUUACCGUACUGAACACUAUCGAUACCGGCCAUGAGGAUAUGAUACACGACGCUGAAUUGGAUUACUACGGCUUGAAAUUGGCAACCUGUUCUUCAGAUAAUUCUGUAAAAAUAUACGACAUCAAGAGCGGUACACAAACUCUAGCAGCAGACCUGAAGGGACAUUUCGGGCCUGUCUGGCAGGUAGCUUGGGCACAUCCCAAAUACGGUAACCUCCUAGCCUCGUGUUCGUACGACAGAAAGGUAAUCAUUUGGAAAGAAUCCGGGGAGUGGACGAAACUGUAUGAAUACACCGGACACGAGAGCUCAGUGAACUCCAUAGCGUGGGCGCCGGCUGAGUAUGGGCUCAUACUAGCGUGUUGCAGUUCCGACGGUUCAGUCUCAAUAAUAACUUACGCACAGGACACUGGCAACUGGGAGGUAAAGAAGAUUCCGGGCGCGCAUGCUAUAGGUGUCAACUCAAUCAGUUGGUGCCCAGCUAUCUCUGCUGAUUUAAACUUGGAUCCUCUUAGCAAUAAGGAAGCACCAAAGAGGAUUGUGACGGGCGGAUGUGAUAAUUUGAUAAAGAUAUGGAGGGAGCAAGGUGAACAGUGGGUAGAAGAAAACAGGUUGGAGAUGCACAUGGACUGGGUCAGAGAUGUGGCAUGGGCUCCAUCCCUCGGCCUCCAAAGGUCCAUGAUUGCCAGCUGCUCCCAAGACAAGAGGGUUGUCAUCUGGACCAGUGAUGACAAUGUCUCUUGGACACCAACUAUUCUGAACACUUUUGAUGAUGUGGUCUGGAGUGUGAGCUGGUCUCUCACUGGGAACAUCCUGGCAGUCGGAGGCGAUAAUAAAGUCAGUUUGUGGAGAGAGGGAACCGACGGCCAGUGGCUAUGCAUAAGUGAGGUGGCUAAAGGAUUGGGCCAAACUACAAAUGAUGAACCAAGCACCCUCUGAUUUUUAAAUUGAUUCUUUUUGUUUAUAUCUAAUGUUAAUAUGUACUUUGUAAUAAAUUGUAAUGCUAAUGUAAGAAAUAUGUUUUAAUCCAUA